AUGCUUCAGAAAGGCUUGGCGGAGAAGGUGGCCAUCGACGUGACGUUGGAGGAGUGCCCCGGACGGUGUGUGCAAACGCCAAGGAUGACCACAUCGUCCAAGGAGCUGGAGACGCGCGACGUCUCAACUUUCAAGAGGGGAAGGAUGGGCGGCCGCGAAAACGCCGCGAAGCAAAGCAGCGUGCUGGGCAAGGCGCGAGCGCUGCGCCUCUCCAGGAACUCCACAUCGCGCGAACCCAGCAAAGAGAAUCUUUGCGGCAUAGUGCUGAGUGGGUCAGAGCUCUCACCGCGGGUGUCCAGCGGCAAGGAGCCGAGAUUGGAAGGAGAAGGUCAGCAGCAGUUGUGGAUUGGAGCCGCAAAGGAUGGAAGUGGAUUGGUGCCACUCAAUGACACCUUCAACGGCGAGGUGGAAGUUCAACAUGCAAAGGUCAUGGAGUUGUCAGCAGCAGGCACAACAGCAGCUAAAAGCUUCAGCCGAGACAGCGCAGAGGUUUGUAGCUUCGAGCUCAUCGAGCGCGACAAGGAGCAACCUUGGAGAAGCCUCAAAGGUUUCUGCUGCGUUGAUCCCGUGGCAAGAAAGCACUUGCAGUACAACGCAACCUUCCCGAUCGAUUUCAUCGACAACUACGUCACAGACCGGUGGCAAGACCCAGGUGGUUUAACCAAGGAGGAGAUGGAGCAACCAGACGCAGGAAGACUGGUGGGAUUUGAUAAGAAGUUUUGGCCCUCAACAGGGGUGGCCAUAAGCAUGGUCCACAAUGGUUUCCGGCUUGGGAAGACUACAGAUGGCAGUGGCGACCUGCGUGUAGUCUCUACGCCCAACGGGUUGGUGAAAUCAAGCGUGAUCAGGCGGACACCAAAGCCGUGGAAUCCAGUCUACACCUCGAUGGUGACGGACUUGCCCUACAAGCUGACAGAAGUUCAGAAGGAGCGCGCCAAGGAUUGUUCCUGGACUUGCAGCAGAACUCAAAACGUGGAAAGGUAUGCCGUGGACCAUGGCGAUAGUGAAGAAGAGCAGCCUACGAUGGACAUGGGCCAACCAAAUCAACAGGAGACGGAAUUUGAACAAACGCCAUCUUCAAAGAAGAAUUUCAAAACUUUGGUGAGCGCAGUGGUCAAUGACUACCAGUGGGAGCAAGACCUCUAUGAUGAUCUCGACGACGAAGAGAUGGCGUUGGAGAACUUUGAGAAUGAAGAGUAUGAGGACAUUGAGGAGCUGACAAGGACACCGGAACCUUAUGGCAAACUCCUUUCAACACGCAGUGUGUUUGACUGGAGGCCAGCGCAGAUGCCUGUCUUCACUCAGGACUUGUCAGUUCAGAUCAUUUUUCGCAUCGUGUGGACCCUCCUUGACACGGCCAGUGGCUUUGGAUCUUCGGCAGAGCUGGCGUACGUUCGGAGUGGAUGCUCCUUGUUAGUCCGGCUGGCCGCUUUGAUGACUCUGACGGUCCCCGCGCUGGUUUGGGUGCUACGCGCUUGCGUUCGACGCUGCGGUCUUCCUGGGUUGGCCAACGCUCUACUGGCGGCUCAGGAGAAGUAUGCCCUGUCGGCUGCGGACUUCACGCCACGCACCGAUGCGAAGUUGGACCAGUUCGCCGUCGAAAGCCGGACCGGCAAGACAGUGGCAGAGCAGAGGCCGACAGCUCCCACCAGUUAUUGCGUGGAAGCUGGAGACACUGGUGAAAGUGGCUCUGGUGCUGGUGCCACAUUGCCCAUUGGUGACCUUAUGGCCAAAAACAAGCUAGGUGGUUGUGAUCUAGCAUCUAGCCUUGGCUUGGGCCAGCAGCUGGUCUCAUCUGGCUUUGGUUUGCUGAACAUGCUGGCCUCAUCUGGCUUUGGUGUGCUGGGUAUGGUGGCAAAGGGAUCAUACUCUGGUGGCACUGGAAUCACUGGUGGUGGCCUGUGGAUCCAUUCGCUCUGCCAUGGCUACUGGUUUGUGGAGAUGUCCACCAUUGCUGGCUGCAAUUUGCUGGCACUGGAGUUGGAGCUACAUUGGCGCUUCGUGGGGGAACUCAAGGAGGAGCUCCGGAAGAUCAAGAAGCUGGCUGGGAGAGAGUCCAUGACCCUUGAAGACCUCAAGUUCUAUGCCUUGAUGCCCAACGACAAGGGGAACCCCUCUAUGAAACUGCUACGGCGGGGUGGGCUGAAGAGGAUGAAGCUGGAGGGCAGGGAGAGCACGGCGGAGAAGACCGCGCUAGUAAAGUUCAAGACGGAAAGGACCGCCGAAGAGCUGGAAAGGGCGAGGCAGAACCUGCUGGUCAUGAAGGUUGAGCUGGUGAAGCGAACCGGCAGAUGGACGAGUUCAGCGGUGCAGCGCUACUUGCGUGACUCGGUGGACGUGCUGGCGGGGCUCGCAAAGAAGAUGGACGAGUUUGUUUUUGGUAAGGCCGUUGACCGCGAGUUGAAGGUGCUCGGAAACAAGCUUCUAGGAAAGGCGCAGAUCAAGGUCUCCGAGGAUGACCUGAAAGCAGAGCACAGGCAUGGCGAGCGCGAGUUAAGAAGUGCACUGCGGGCACUUGGGCCAAACCCUGUGGAAUCAAAUGGUAGCGGAGCGCUGGUGGAUUUGCUGGUCGUGGGCUUGCAGGAGGAGUUGGCUUCCACUCAAGAGGCUUGUUGGUGGUUGCGCCUUGGGCAAUGUGGCGGAUGGGAGAGGGAGGAGCUGACAGGAAUUGCAGACACGCGUGCCCCGUGGCUCAUGGAUGACCCCAAUGUGCUUCGUGAAAAAAAACGCACCACGAUGACGCUGCGCGAAUGCAAGAGGCCAUAUAUCCCUCAAAGAGCAGCUAGCGACGCCCUCAAGACGCUGAAGGACAAGAUGGACCACGUGGACACGCAGCCAUGGGAGGAACUGGUGACUGAGAUGGACAUGCUGGGCAAUGAAUUUGCAGAGCUGCUGACGCUGGCAGAGGAAGAAGACAGGAUAGCCUUGGAGCAAGGCAGAAUGGCUGCCCGUGGUUUUGUCGCCGAACAUGGCAACCCCGUUUCGGAGGUCAUCCCGAGUAAAGAGGAGUUGGAGAAGUUGGUGAGCGUUUUGAACGCCGAGGUGGACUAUUGGAAAUUGUUUCCAGAGCCACGCGGCUUUGAGGACUUCAAGGCACCAAUACCAGAAGUAGGCACCUACGGACCAGUACUGGAAGGUUGCGAGACCGAUUGGCAGGAGGAUUGCGCAGGUCAGAACCAUCAGAGCUCACGGUUGCUGGUGGGUUGCUCCGCCAUGCAGCAGUUGGGUUUGGAUCAGUCGUGGAUCACGAAUUUCGUGAACCUGCCCGACAAUCGUGUGCGCGCGCGUGCUCGCUCUGGCGACAGGUAUAUGGGAAAGGACGGAGAUGUUGAUGACACAAAGGUGGACACCCCGCCUAAGCGUGGUGAUGCUUUGGGUGAUUGGUCAACGCCACAGGGCAUGAUCCAAGCAGUGAAGAAAGCAAAAGGCUUGGGGAAAGCAAUUCCAAGGGAAUUGGCUCAGGCACUUGCCUCAACGUUGAAAGGCAUGAAGGGGAAAGGGAAAGGUCUACACCAAGGGGAGAGGGAGACGGCAAUGCCAUCAUUUGAGCCUGUGGCUAGCUCUGGUUGGCUCCACACCAAAAGGCUUGGCAAGCAGAAUCAUCAUUCUGCUGAAAACAAGAGGGAUGAGGUGGAAGCGAUUGAAGAUUCCCAACCGAGCUGCGAUGGAGAAAAACGCAAGCCUGAGCCAACGGAUGAAGAAACCCCGGACAAACGUGCAGAAGUGCCUAAGCGGAUGAAAAAAAAGAUACCUGACCAAGAAGAGGCUGAGGCUGUUCCGGAAGAAUCCAAGCAGAAAAAGAAGAAAAAGAAGGAUGAGGAACUUGAUGAGAAUGGUGAGGCUUUGAAUGGGAAAGAGUCUCAGGCAAAGAAGAAGAAGAAACCAAUUGCUGAUGAAGCUGACGCGGAUCUGGAGAUGGAACCGCCUAAGAUGAAGAAGCCUAAGAAUGAUGGCGGGGUCAGCGGAGACAGGCUACAUGAUGGGCCCAAGAAGAAGAGAGGAGAUGCGCAUGAUGACAAAGAAGAGGCACAGCCACGAAAGGCAAAGGUUCCAAGAGGUAUCCAAGCUGAAGAACCUGAAGCGGAGGUGAUGACACCCACAGAGAAGCAAGCAAAAAGGAAAGAGAAGAACAAGAAGGCCAACGAGAUCCAAGAGGGUGACAUGGCGGACUUGUCAAAACAAAUGGAGACUGAAGCCAUGCAGGUGGCGAUGUACGGCUCAGUGCCAAUCGAUGUGGCUGAGGGCGAGGAGGGCGGUCAAGAUCUGGAUGGCGAAGAGCUGGAUUUAGAGGAUUGGGAACACCAGGAAUUGCUGGUUGAUGAUCGGGAAGGCGUCCCAUCACAAGGCCUUAUGGAUGUUGAAGGCAUGAGUGCUGAAGCAAUUCGUGAAGCGAAGAGCACUCCAGCGAAGGAGGAGAAGAAUGGGAAUAGUGAUGAGAAGGAUGACAAAGAAGGUGGGCAACAAAACCAGCAGAAGACGACAGUCAGCGCUGCAGUGGCUGUGAACAGUGGGGAUCCUGCGGACGCCCCCGAUCCUGAAGUAGUUGCUGCCAAGAAGGCAGCUCUCACCUCCAAGGUGGACGGAAUGCGGCCCUUGGAUCAACGCCCAGACGGGGACGACAGCAGCAGUACUGCGAGCAGCAAGAAGGGCAAAGGGAUGUUGGCCAGGAACUGUCGGGCUUUGAUGGCAAUGAGGAUGGAGCAGGCAAUGGUUGAUGGGAAGAAGAAUUAUGAGAUUCAACGCGAGUAUGAAUCGGAGAAGUCGGAUGUGCAGGACUGCGCAGGUCGAUGGCCGACUGCGGAUGCCUGGGGCCGUGAGUUUUCUGAGGAUUACGAGAUCCUGAAAACAAAAGAAGAAUGGGUGGCCGUUCAUGGAGAUGCCGCGUUGACGCGGAUCCCGGGAUUCAUGCCCUACCGUAUCCCGUAUGGUGCAAGAGCUUCGCCGAAGCUCUUCACGGCAAAAGUGCUUUGCCACGGUGGAACCACCCAGUAUUGUGUCGCGGUUAUUUUCGCGGUAGUCGAUGAGAUGCAACAAGACUACCGCGCGGCAGGGCAGGUAUCCUGA